AUGAUUAUUAUGAUAAAUAUUCAACAAUUAUUUGAUAAAAGGUAUUCUGAGACUGAAAAAAAAGCAGAGGAGAUACAAUUUUCAGACUUAAGUGAAAGGAUAAUUUCUGCUAGCGAAUUAACUAUUAAAAAUUUUCCUAAACUAAAAAAAGUGAAUAUCAGUAAUGUUAAAUCUCUAACUAAAUUAAAAAUUAUCAAUUGUCCCCAAUUAGUUGGAAUUAAUUGUCAAAAUAACGUUUUGCUUACUAAUUUAGACUUAAGUGAAUGUAAUGAACUUAUGAAAAUUCAAGUUUCCAGUAAUAGCCUAGAACUAAUAAAAUUACCCACUAAUUCUGAAACACUGCUUUACCUAGAAAUAAAUGAUAAUAAUUUUCCUUCACAAGAUUUAUCUUUUUUAACACCUUAUAAGAAUUUAGAAAUACUCGAUUUAGGAAACAACUCCAAUGAGGAAAGAGUAAAAAAGGGGAUUUAUAAUCGUUUCUGUGGCGGAAUCAAAGGAACCGAUAUUGAUAGCGGUUUAGAAUAUUUGCCAGAGAAUUUGCAAAGACUUAAUUGUUUGACCGGAAUAAGAGUUGAAGCAAAAGUGAAGCAAAUUCAUGCUAUUUGUGGAACAAGCAGUGCAAAUAAUUCCUCUUUUAACUUUGAUCGAGAAAAAUACAAAAAAUUUCGACAGGAACAAAAAAUAAAAACUGAGCAGGAAGAGAUUGAAAAAUUGUGGGCAAAGAUUCAAGAACUUAAUGAACAAUUGACAAAUAGUAAUAGUAUAAUUGAGGAAAAAGAUAAGAAAAUCUCAAAAUUAAUUAGCGAAAAUGAAAAAGUCAAAGAAGAAACAAAAGACUUAUUAAGCAAAAAGGAAGAAGUAGAAAAAGAACUAAAGGAAAAAAUUAAAAAGUGGCGUUGCAGAGAAUUAGAAGAGUUGAAUAAUAAGCAAUCAAAAGACUACAUUAAAGAAAGAAUUGAUUGGAAAAGAAGCCGAGAAGAACUCGAACAAGUUAUUAAGGGAGGAGGAAAUAAAAACCAAGUUCUUCAACAACAGGUUGCUUCUUAUCAAGAUAAAUUAAAAACUUUGCAAGGAGAUUUACAAAAUAAUCGUUCAAAUUACGCCAAUUUUAUAAACAAAAAUUUACAAAUUAAGGAGAAAGAAGUUGAAGAAUUGAAGAAGUUAUCAAAAAAUUUGCAAAAUCAAGUGCAAAUUUCUCCCAAAUAA